AUGAGCGACAACACUCCUACACAGUCUGCUGGACGUCCUCCAGUCAUUCUCUGCAUCGGCAUGGCAGGCUCUGGAAAGACAACGUUUAUGCAGCGCCUUAAUGCUCACCUGCAUGCAAAGAAGCAGCCCCCAUACAUUCUCAAUCUCGACCCUGCUGUUGCUGCACUUCCCUUCGCCGCCAACAUCGAUAUUCGCGACACUGUUAACUACAAAGAAGUCAUGAAGCAGUAUAAUCUUGGACCCAAUGGUGGUAUUCUCACAGCUUUGAACUUGUUCACCACAAAGUUUGACCAAGUUCUUGGCUUCAUUGACAAGCGAUCCUCGUCCCUUGACUACAUCUUGGUCGACACACCUGGUCAAAUUGAAAUUUUCACAUGGUCAGCAUCAGGGUCCAUCAUUACAGACACUUUGGCAGCUACAUACCCCACCAUGGUUGCUUAUAUCAUCGACACUCCACGCACAGCUGCUCCAGCUACAUUUAUGAGCAAUAUGUUGUACGCCUGUAGUAUUCUCUAUAAGACGAAAGUUCCAUUCAUUCUAGUUUUCAACAAGACCGACGUCAAAUCACACGACUUCGCAGUAGAAUGGAUGACGGAUUUCGAGGCAUUUCAAGAGGCAUUGCGGAAGGAUACAACAUACAUGAGCAGUCUGAUGAACUCAAUGUCAUUAGUUUUAGAUGAAUUUUACUCUCACUUAAAGGUUGUGGGUGUUAGUGCUGUAACAGGAGCUGGUAUGGAUGAAUUCUUAAAGGCAGUAGAUGAGGCAGUAGUCGAAUAUAAUGAAGAGUAUAAGCCAGAAUUAGAGAGAGUUCUUGCUGAG